CCACUUCUCAGUCCUCCUCCUCCUCCCCCCUGCGCCGGAAUUAGAAGAAGUGGUGGUGGUGGGUGGGCAGCCUUCAAGACCAAUAAAAGGUUGGCGAGGCGGAGAAGUAAGAAAGUUUUCUUUGUAAAUCUAUGUGUGGUAGAAGUGCCAAAACUAUCUUCAUGGUAGUGAACAAUCUGUGCGUUUCCGAUUUGAUUUCCUUGAAUGCAAGCACCAGAUCAAGAGCUUCAAGGCCAAAGAGGAAUUAUUGAUUUCGUUUCGACGUCUUUCUCAUGGGAACUAUUUUUUCGAUUGUCACAUCUUACCUUAAUGAACAACUUACUCUUUGAAUUUGCUCCUAAUCUGCUGUAAAAGUUGUUGUAUACACCAGUUUCAUUUUCUUCAUCUUGUAAUCCUGGGAUACUGGAGAUAAACAAUUGAAGUAUAAAAGACAAAGUAAUCUUAAAAAGAAGUUUAGUGCUUCGAGUCUAAUUCAAUGUCAAUCCUAUGGAAGCAAACAAAUCCUUAGCUUCAUCUUUAGGUUCAUUACUAUUGAUUUAAGCUGUUUGCUAAUACGUAACAUUAUUUAAUAAUUUUGGUUCAUUGAACAUGGGUUAUUCAUGCUGUUUGAUUUCCUUACUUUGUUUGCUCCGUGCCAUUUUGUUCUUUUUAACGGUUUUAUUCCUUCUGACAAGUUUGGUAUUUUAGGCAUUCGAUGUCACAUAAUUUUUGUAGUUCUUUUGGUUAUCGAUUUAUCCAUUGCAAAUGGAGCUGGAAGAAUUAUCAUUGACAAUUCUUUCAGCUUUGUGCUAAUAAUGGAUUAGAUCAAAAUGGCUCAUCUGAAUUCCGGUGCUUCUUAAUUUGGUGAAGUUUCCGGAAAUCAAUACAUCAAUGCACCAAUGCAUCUUGAGUUGUACUACUUAAACAGCCUCUCUGUAUUGAUAUACAGGGGUAAGGCUGCGUACAUCUUGAUCCCCCAGACCCCAACCGAGUUGGAAUAUACUGGGUUGUUGUUGUUGUUAUUUUGGUUAUGGAUUAUUCUAGCCUUCCAGGUGAUUAGGAAAUAUUUGAGCAUCAUUGGUGGUGUCUGAUUUUUCUCCUUGCAACAUGAUUUGUUUGCUCUUGAAUAUACGCUCAUUAGAGGCAACCAAUCUGAUAUGGUAUCAAAGAUCAGCUGAACAGAUUUGGCUACUAAAUAUCCAAGUGCAUUUACUUGGAAAGUAUUAGUUUUGAUUAUGGUAUAGAGACACUUCAUAAUCUCCAAGUUGUUAUGACACCGCAUUAAUGUUUGUUUAAUUUUUGAAGCAGGGCUACCACAAUGUGUUUGCUGGUAUAUCCUAAAAGAUAACGAAGAAAGAUGAUUUUAAUGGGCUCUCUACCUUCUAUGAACAAUACGUAAAAGUUGAAAUUAGAUUUUAACAUAUACAGUUGUAAUAUUUAGGCAUGUGGCAGAAGUUUAGAAACGUUAUGUUGAAAUUAUUACACGUGUGAAGGUGUGGAUCAAACAGCUAGGUGACCUUCAACUAGAGAUGGUUAUUUCAGCAGAUCUUGCUCUUAUAUGACUCUCAAUUCAUCUCACUCUUUUCAUCUUUGAUCUAUUGUAAUUCUUGUUUGGGUAUUGGUAUGCCUCUAAAUCUUGUUCUUCCAUAUUUCCUUUUUUCAUCCAAUGUUUUUUCUCUUGAUUUUUUUUUUCAUUUUUUGAAGAAAUUUUGUUGUGAAGCACACAGUUAAGGUUUAUGUCUUGCUGAUUUGCCUCUUACUUCUUAAGGAUAAGGGCCAAGACUCUGUCACCCAGAAAGACGUCUUAAAAAGAGAAUGGCUGUUACCGGUGGCUCUGAUUUAUCCUCUGAAAUGGAGGUGGAUGCUUUUAGGCGACUUUUCCCUCUGCGUUUUCACGAACGCCAUUUGCUGGAAUCUAUAAGACCUGAUGGCCGGAGCCUUGGAAAGGCUAGAGAUACAACCAUAGCUCUUGGAGCGGUUACAUCUGCCAAUGGAUCUGCAUUAACAAAGAUAGGAUGCACUACCAUGUUGGCUGCUGUAAAAUUGGAGGUCAUGACACCGACGCAGGAAUCUCCUGAUGAGGGCUGCAUAGCUGUAGAUUUUCACAUGCCUCCUAUUUGUUCUCCCGCUGUUCGACCUGGCAGACCAUCUGAGGUUGCUCCUGUUGUGGCAAAGCAACUAUCUGAUGUUAUCCUAAGUUCUGGCAUGAUUAAUUUGAAAGACUUAUCAUUAGUCAGUGGGAAAGCUGCAUGGAUGGCCUACUUGGAUAUAUACUGUUUAGAUGCGGAUGGAUCCCUAUUUGACGCUGCUUUACUUUCUGCUGUUGCUGCCUUUUCGCAUUUGCAAAUCCCUGUAGUUUCUCUGAGCGACGAAGGAAGAAUAGUUCUUGUUCCUGAGGGUAAUGGGGGAGGAAAGUUUGAGAAGGAGCCUGUCAACAAAGAGAAGAGAAAGCUUAAAUUGUGCACUUUACCAUUCUCCUUAACAUGCGCCCUUCACAAGAAUUACAUUCUGGCUGACCCUACAUCAGAGGAAGAGUCAAUAAUGGAGACACAAUUAACUGUGGUUUUGGAUUCGUCUGGUCUACUUGUGUCGCUUAACAAGCCAGGUGGAUCGGUUUUUGCUCAUACGUCAGUUAUACAGGAUUGUGUAGCACUGGCAAGACAGAGACUAAAAGAAGUUAAAUUGAUCUUGAAUGAAGCCAUUUCUGACAUGGAUGUGGACUAA